GUAGGGGUGGGGUGGGUGUGGGAGAGGGAUGUAGGUUUGGGGAGUACUGUGCACCAAUUGCUGUCUGAAGGCUUGAAAGGGGUAUGAUCAAAGGAGAGGUAAAUGCAGACAAAGACCAAGAGGUGACAGAGCCUUCAGGGAUUCUCACAGUUUUUCCUAUGGGAGAAGGGGGAGAGGUACUAGGCAGAGAUGGAGAAGAGGAGAAUGAAGAAUGGAAAAUCCAAGGAAGAAGGGAUUGAGGAUGAGGUCCCCAAUAUCAAUAUGCCCGAGACUUCAUGGAUCUCAAGAAAUGGCUGCCCAGUGUGUCACGAAGGUGGAGCUGAAUGUUUCCUGUAGCAAUCUUAUGGAUACAGAUGUCGGGUCAAAGUCGGACCCUUUAUGUGUAUUAUUUCUGAGUACAAGUGGUCAACAGUGGUAUGAGGUUGAACGCACAGAAAGGAUUAAGAAUUGCUUGAAUCCCAAAUUUUCCAAGACAUUUAUUAUUGAUUACUACUUUGAAGUUGUUCAGAAAUUGAAAUUUGGGGUUUAUGACAUCGACAACAAAACUGUUGAGCUGAGCGAUGAUGACUUCUUAGGAGAAUGUGAAUGUACCCUUGGACAAAUUGUUUCCAGUAAGAAGCUAACUCGACCACUGGUGCUUAAAAAUGGCAAACCUGCAGGAAAAGGGAGCAUUACGAUUUCAGCUGAAGAAAUAAAGGAUAAUAGAGUGGUCUUGUUUGAAAUGGAAGCCAGAAAACUGGAUAAUAAGGAUCUAUUUGGAAAGUCAGACCCAUACCUGGAAUUCCACAAGCAGACAUCUGAUGGAAACUGGCUAAUGGUUCAUCGAACGGAGGUUAUUAAAAACAACUUGAAUCCUGUUUGGAGACCUUUUAAAAUCUCUCUCAACUCUCUGUGCUAUGGAGAUAUGGACAAAACCAUUAAGGUAGAGUGUUAUGAUUAUGACAAUGAUGGGUCACAUGAUCUCAUUGGAACAUUUCAAACCACCAUGACAAAACUGAAAGAUGCCUCCAGAAAUUCACCUAUUGAAUUUGAAUGCAUAAAUGAAAAAAAGAGGCAGAAGAAAAAAAGCUAUAAGAAUUCAGGUGUUAUCGUUGUGAAACACUGUGAGAUUACAGUAGAAUGCACAUUUCUUGACUAUAUCAUGGGAGGAUGUCAGCUGAAUUUUACUGUGGGAGUGGACUUCACUGGCUCCAAUGGUGACCCAAGGUCUCCAGACUCCCUUCAUUACAUCAGCCCCAAUGGUGUCAAUGAGUAUUUGACUGCCAUCUGGUCUGUGGGACUGGUCAUUCAAGAUUAUGAUGCUGAUAAGAUGUUUCCAGCUUUUGGUUUUGGAGCUCAGAUACCUCCUCAGUGGCAGGUAUCACAUGAAUUUCCAAUGAAUUUUAACUCAUCCAAUCCCUAUUGUAACGGAAUCCAAGGCAUAGUGGAUGCGUACCGGGCCUGUCUUCCUCAGAUAAAACUCUAUGGACCAACUAAUUUUUCUCCAAUCAUAAAUCAUGUGGCCAGAUUUGCUGCUGCAGCCACACAACAGCAAACAGCUUCUCAAUAUUUUGUGCUCUUGAUCAUUACCGAUGGUGUGAUCACAGACCUUGAUGAAACCAGACAAGCUAUAGUUAAUGCUGCUAAGCUGCCCAUGUCCAUCAUCAUCGUUGGAGUUGGAGGUGCUGACUUUAGUGCCAUGGAGUUUCUGGAUGGCGAUGGUGGAAGUCUUCGUUCCCCUUCGGGAGAGGUGGCCAUCAGGGAUAUUGUCCAGUUUGUGCCUUUCAGGCAGUUCCAGAAUGCUCCAAAAGAAGCACUUGCUCAGUGUGUGUUGGCGGAAGUUCCCCAGCAGGUGGUGGGCUACUUCAACACCUACAAACUCCUUCCUCCCAAGAACCCAGCUACGAAAUAAGAGGAACUGUGACCACUUCAAUAGAAUUCUUUUGUGCUGUGUGGAGCAAUGCUACCUUUUAUCCAGAAUCGUGUAUCUGUCAUUUUAUGUACUCUUCACCUCUAGCAUUUGUGAUGUAGAUCUAGUUUUCUAUGGAUUGUAUCUGUUUAAAGCAUUCUUUUGUACUUUUUUGGGGUGAUAGUGCCAAGUCCAUCUUUGCUCAAUCAAUUCAGUGAUUACUAGUGAUUUACAGUAAUUGCAGUGAGGCUAUUUUGAUUAGAAACUAGUGUAGGAAAAGCUGAGUUUGUCAUUGUUGUUUUUUACUUUCAUAUGAUGAAAAUGAUGUUUUUAAAUGUUUGUCCUUAGGAAUGAAAAAUUGUUGGGAUGAUGUGAUUUGCAGGUUGCUGCACUUGGUUAAUAGUGUAUGAUAAAGCCAAUGUCCAUACCUAAUUAUGAGAGCUUCUUAAAUUAGAUGAGGUUGAAUUUGUUACUGGAACUCUGUGUUCACUGCUUUUCCAUGGAGUAAAACCUCCCUUUAAUUACAUCUGAUUUUUGCUGUAGUUUAGAUUCUACAGUUUAUAAAACAGCAUGCACUCACAUGGGACUUCAU